CUGAUCUUAGAUCAGCUUCUGUGAACAAUGAUUUUUACUCUUUAUGUGCGAUUUGGGCCGGAUUGUAGAAGCACAUUCUUCAUGCUUCCCAAAAACUUCAUAGGCAAUUGGAGUCCUCUGUUCAGAAAUUAGAUCCAUUAUUAAUGGAACAAUAUUUGGAUGGGAGUCAGAAAAUUCUCUUCCCAAGCAUCUUGAGUUUCUUGGAAAUUCUGUACUGGAUUAUAUCACAACCAUGCAUCUGUACAAUAAAUACCCAUGAAUGUCACCUGGAUUGCUAACUGAUCUGAGAUCAGCUUCUGCAAACAAUGAUUGUUACUCUUUAUGUGUGAUUAGGGCCGGAUUGCAGAAGCACAUUCUUCAUGCUUCUAAAAAACUUCACAGGCAAUUAGAGUCCUCUGUUCAGAAUUUAGAUCCAUUAUUAAUGGAGCAAAAUUUGGAUGGGAGUCAGAAAAUUCUCUGCCCAAGAAGAAUAAUCCGCUCAUGAGAAGUCACUGCCAUCUUUCCUGAAUCACCGGUGGGCAGGCAUGGUUGCUUUUAAGGACACAAUUUGCAAAACUGAGACCAGAUUUUCUCUACUGCAUAUUUCAGAAACAGGUUGUGGCACUCUGAUUUGAAGAGAAGGCUCAGAUUACUCAAUCACGGAGGGAUUUCAUGACAAAGAUCCGACGUGUGGGACUUGACCUGAUUUUUGAAAAAGACUUGGAAUUUGACCCGGCUUGUCAUACAUAUGGCUUUUUUGGGAUACCCUUGUUUUGCCGGAGACCUUCCUGCAUUUUGUGAGAGGACUGAAGCAAUUUGGUGAAUGGUGCAAACACGAUAAUAAGUAGUGUAUUGCAUUGCACGAUAAACAUAUCGCUUCUUUUGCGAUCCAGGUCAAGUAAGAGGUGUCAUAUGCAAACUCAUCCGUGCUUCCAGUAAAGUUGUUGCCAAGAGGCUGGUUAAGAAAGCUUUUCUCAAGUAAUUAGAUGAGAGCAUGUUGAACAGGCCACGGUGUGUCCCUGCCAAAAGAGGGCAUGUGAACCAGAUAGAAGAAAAAGAAGAAAUUCUGAGCUUUGGAUAAAUGCCAUGGGUGGAGAAUUUCAGGCCUUCCAAAGUCUGCGAUAUUGUCGGCAACGAAGGCGCUGUUUCCAGGCUUCAAGUCAUCGCUCGUGAUGGCAACAUGCCUGAUCCCAUCUUAGCUGGGUUUCCUGGAACUGGUGAAGCUGCCAGUAUAUUGGCUUUUGCACAUGAGCUCUUGGGACCAAACUGCAAGGAGGGAGUGUUGGAACUCAAUGCAUCAGAUGACAGCAUUGCAAGUCUAACAUAUCAAGCAAUAAUGGAUUUUUCCGGGGGAAUUGAUGUUGUGAGAAACAAGAUAAAGAUGUUCGCGCAAAAGAAGGUCACUCUACCUCCUGGGUGGGACAAGAUUAUCAUCUUGGCCGAAGCUGACAGAUGGAAUGUUUCUCCUGGUGCUGCUCGUCCGAAUCCUCAAAGGAACUUUCAGAUAUGACCUGGCUUUGCUGUGAGAGUAUUGGGUGAUGUAACUGAAGGAAAUGCCUUGGACAUCCUGCGCCAGGUAAGACAUUGUAGGUUCUAGCCAUAUUAAGAGGAGCUAGUGCCGAAAGACUGUCGAGCCAUCUUCUCAUUCUAGAAGCUGCAUGGAUAUAUUGAAAAAUCGAAACGGACGCUUUUUUGCGGUCUCUUCCUGGCCAAUAAUAUCACACCCUCCCAUGAUAAAGAUCGACGAGAUGUGGGGAUGCUACUUUAUAUAGAUAUAAAGAUCGACGAGAUACGGAGAUGCUACUUUAUAUAGAUAUAAAGAUCGACGAGAUGCUACUUUAUAUAGAUAUUUUGAUACUUUCUACCAUCAAGUGUUUAUAUAUUUAAUAGGAGCUUAACAUUUUUUUCGCAUACUAAACCAACUUCUAACGUACUGUUCCAGAAUAUGUGCCGUAAAUUCAAAAUAUUGGACAAGGUGUUCACUCAGAACAAGGAUUGAAGAAAGGAUUAUAAUUUGCUCGAAAUUUAGUGCAGAGUAUUUAGUUUUAACUAUGUACUAAAUUUGUAAUUUCCAUGGACGGGCUUAUUGUAUCUGCUACACAAAGUAUUAUGAUAUAUAGAUGUAUUGCUUCUGCAAUUGUGUAUUAGGAUAUAUAUUUUACGUAUAACAGGAAAAAAAUACUAUUUAUUUCUUUAUGUAUUUUGUAGCUCCAAUAUUAGCCUUGAAA